CUGCCAGCCUCAAAAUGUUGACCAUUGCUCUUCUUGCCCUUCUUUGUGCAUCAGCCUCUGUCAAUGCCAUUCAGGCUAGGUCCUCCUCCUACAAUGGAGAGUAUGGAGGUAGCGGAGGAAAGCGAUUCUCUCAUUCUGGCAACCAGCUGGAUGGCCCCAUCACUGCCAUCCGUGUCCGAGUCAACAGAUACUACAUUGUAGGUCUCCAGGUGCGCUAUGGCAAGGUAUGGAGUGACUAUGUGGGCGGCACCUGGGGCGACCUGGAGGAGAUCUUUCUGCACCCUGGGGAAUCAGUGAUCCAGGUGUCUGGAAAGUACAAGUACUAUGUGAGGAAGCUGGUCUUCGUGACUGACAAGGGCCGCUACCUGCCUUUUGGGAAAGACACAGGCAUGAGUUUCAAUGCUGUUCCUUUGUACCCCAACACUGUGCUACGAUUCAUCAGCGGCCGAGCUGGCUUCUUCAUCAAUGCCAUCAGCCUGCACUGGGAUGUCUACCCCAGUGACUGCAGCAGCUGCUGA